CGUGAGUGACACUUGUCCGAGGAGUGAUUCGGAUCCGCUCGGAACAAUGUUAUUCUUCAAGCUCGAUCUUGCUCCCGUUGAGACUUCCGAUCGUGUACCGUCGCGAAUUGUUUUUCUGACGGGCGGUAGCUGUCAGAAUUAAGUUGCUGAUCUCUAACAACCGGCGCUCUGUCAUCUAUGUCCAGGCUGAAUCGAUUAGCGUGGGUUUUCUCAGAAGUUCUCGUCACGUUUUUGACGCUGAAACUUCCUUUCAAGGACAACUCAGGGUACAUGGAGCCUGAGUUUCCCUCCACUCUGGAGGGGUUCGGAUACCGAUUCAAUGACAGAGGGCGACUCCGGAGCAUACAGACUGGAAAACCGUUUGAAUUUGCUGUCAGCACGGAUGCCGUUUACAAUCAGCGACGCUACGAAGCGCUCGGACAAGUGCUAGACCAAUAUGUGUACGAUCUCCUGCUGAAAGAGGGUCUCGAGCAGGUGAACAUUCCCGUGGAUCAUAAAGGCGACGCUCCAUCGACAUUCAUCUUCCAGUCACAUGACGCGCUCAGCAACACACAGAAACUUCUGAUCAUAAUCCAUGGAUCAGGUGUCGUUCGCGCGGGCCAGUGGGCACGGAGACUCAUCAUCGGCGACUCCCUGCAAAGAGGAACCCAGAUCGGCUAUAUAAGACGGGCUAUCGCAUUAGGAUAUGGAGUUCUGGUGCUCAAUCCGAAUGAUAACUCGAGGGAUGGGGUGCCGAUCCGGAGUAGCAGUUCACCCGAAGAGCACGCGCUCCACGUUUGGGAUGAGAUCGUGUCAAAAGCAGUGGCGAGACACGUAGCCAUUGUCGCUCACUCUUAUGGGGGUGUCGUCACGAUGAACCUCCUGGCGUCUCGGCCCGAAGCCAUUAACAGGAUAAUGGCCAUAGCCUUCACCGAUUCCGUGCACUUCCCGCCGCCAGCUUCUAUAUUGAAUGAUGUCCGAGAAAUUGCGAAAAAUUGGCGUAUUAGCGACCGUCCGCUGGAUUCGCUCUUGACACAGCAACCGAAUGAUAUCGCCUCGGUUUCCGCAGGGACGACUGAGCAUACGCUCACCUCAUGGAUGGCAUUUGCGUCGGUUUUCGACUUUCUCGAAGAUAUGUACAUGAAGACAAUAGCUUUAGAAGGCAGUAGUUGAUUGCGAGCUUUACCUGGCUCAUGUGCGAUCGAUGGGGACGGUGCACCAUCUCUACCGCUCGAGGGCGCUGAUCCACGUGGAAUGAAUGUGUACGACGGAUAAUUCUCCUAUCAAGUCGAGAGACGGAGUGUACGUCCGGAACUCAUUUACGAGGGUGGACUCUUGUCGAACUCUCGAAGCGUCCCUCAUGUUUUUGUAAAUGAUGGCGAAAUUGUUGAGACGUUGAUGAGUUUUCAGAUGUUAAGGAACGAUUGUAUAAAGACGCACUUUUUUCAAUGUGACUCUGAA